CUCGCUCUCUCCCUCUCUUUACUCUCCACACACGCUCACCCCCAACUCUACCACAAACUCCCUUACUCUCUCAACAUGAGCCAGGGCAAGAAGGAAGCCAGCUCGGUUCCCGAGGGCUACCAGGUCGAGCCGCGUCUCGACUACCGCACGGUGACCGAGGUCAAUGGUCCGCUGGUGAUUCUCGACAAUGUCAAGUUUCCCAAAUAUGCGGAGAUUGUCAACGUGACGUUGGCAGACGGGACGGUCCGGCGCGGCAAGGUGCUCGAGGUGUCGGGCGGACGUGCUGUUGUGCAGGUGUUUGAAGGCACGACCGGCAUUGAUGCGCGGCACUCGCGGGUCGAGUUUACCGGUGACGUGCUGCGGAUGCCUGUCUCGCGCGACAUGCUCGGGCGGACGUUCAACGGGUCGGGCAAGCCUAUCGAUGGCGGCGCGCCGAUUCUGGCCGAGGCCUUCCUCGACGUUGAGGGCCAGGCGGUGAACCCUGCAACGCGGACGUACCCGGAGGAGAUGAUCGAGACGGGCAUUUCGACGAUCGACGUGAUGAACUCGAUUGCGCGCGGGCAGAAGAUUCCGCUCUUCUCUGCCGCCGGACUCCCGCACAACGCCAUUGCCGCGCAGGUGUGCCGGCAGGCAGACCUUGUCGACAAGGAGGCCGGCUCUGAGUUUGCGGUGGUGUUUGCGGCGAUGGGUGUGAACCAGGAAGUUGCUCGGUUCUUCCAGCAGGACUUUGAGACGUCGGGCGCAUCGGAGCGUGUCUGCCUCUUCCUCAACCUCGCUUCGGACCCGACGAUCGAGCGCAUCGUGACGCCGCGGCUGGCGCUGACGACGGCCGAGUUUCUGGCCUUCGAGUGCGGCAUGCACGUGCUGGUCAUCAUGACCGACCUCACCUCGUACGCCGACGCGCUGCGCGAGGUCUCGUCGGCCCGUGAAGAGGUGCCCGGCCGCCGUGGCUACCCGGGUUACAUGUACUCGGACCUGGCGUCGCUGCUUGAGCGCGCCGGCCGUGUCGACGGCCGCCCGGGCUCCAUCACCCAGCUGCCCAUCCUCACCAUGCCCAACGACGACAUCACCCACCCGGUCCCGGAUCUCACCGGCUUUAUUACCGAGGGACAGGUCUUUGUCGAUCGCGCGCUCUACCGCCGCGAGCUCUACCCGCCCAUCGGUGUUCUGCCCUCGCUCUCGCGGCUGAUGAAGUCGGCCAUCGGCGAGGGCAUGACUCGCGACGACCACUCGGAAGUCUCCAACCAGCUCUACGCCGCCGUCGCCAUCGGCAACGACGUCGAGGCCAUGAAGGCCGUCGUCGGUGACGACGCCCUCACCCCCGAAGACAUGCUCUACCUGGCCUUCAAGGACCAGUUUGAGAACAAGUUUGUCUCGCAGGGCCCUUACGAGUCGCGCACCAUCGAGCAGUCGCUUGACCUCGCCUGGUCGCUCCUCCGCCAGUUCCCGGCAAAGAUGCUCAAGCGCAUCAAGGCCUCCACCAAGGACAAGUACUACAACCGCCGCUCCGCCGCGGGUGUCGGUGCUGGCCCCAAGUGA